GCCUCACAAAAAGAUGUGGCCUAUAAGACAGCCACGGCCACACUGAGUCUGCUGGUUGAUGACGUCAACGAUAACCGGCCCGUCUUCAUCAAACAGCUUCCUGUGACCAUCAUGGAGAACGCUCCUGACGGAAGUUACGUCUUGGACCUCUCUGGAGAAGACCAGGAUGAGGGAGACAACUCGCUGCUUGACUUCAUCAUCACCAGUGACAGUGUGGGAGCGUUCCGAACCGCACCAAACAAGUCAGUCCUGAUAGUGGCUAACAGCACGGCCCUGCGAGGACAGGAUCAGGCCGUAGUUCAGUUCUAUUUAAAGGAAAGACGCCAAAUUGUGGGACAACCCUGUACUAACACUACCAACUGUGUUGGGAAUGUCACCAUUUAUAUCACAGACGUCAACGACAAUAGUCCAGAGUUUAAUGCACCUAGUUACACUUUUCCGCUGCCUAGCAACACCAGUGGACGCUAUGUCAUUGGCCAGGUAUUAGCCCACGAUGGAGACAGAGGCGAUAAUGCCCUCGUCAAGUACAGUCUCACCUUCAUCAGUGGGCCUUCUGACUGCUCCAGUGUAGCUCUAAAUCUAACAACUGGCAUCCUGACCACAGAACAGCAGUUGCCGCCAGGAGCAACAUGUUCCUGGGUGGUCACCGCUUGUGACUCGCCCACGGAUUCCAACUCACGGUGUAGCUUUGUGCCACUGACGAUAGCUGUUGUUCCCUCGGGAAAUGUCGUUGAAAACAGCGUCACUAUACCAGAGAAUGUGCCCAUUGGAACUAUGGUGAAAGUUAAAGGUAAUACAUAUUCAGGUUUACAUGAUCAGUUUGAGAUAAAAGUGAUUAAACUAAUAAUUUAG